UUUCUCAAAUGGGUGCUCUUCAGUCUACACUUCUCUACUUGAUUUUACUACACUCAUGCAAGAUUUUCGCUUACAAGGACCAAGAAUGGAAGAAAGCCACUGCAACAUAUGCCAAAGACUCAGAGGGGUCUCUUGUCACCGAAGGAGCUUGCGGUUAUGGAGAUCUCCACAAGGAAAGUUAUGGAAAACGCAGUGCUGGCUUAAGCACCAUGUUGUUCAGCAGAGGGAGCACAUGUGGGGCCUGCUAUGAAAUCAGAUGUGUUGAUCACAUCUUGUGGUGCGUGAUGGGAAGCCCUUCUGUAGUUGUUACUGUAACAGAUUUCUGUGCUCCAAAUUACGGUCUUUCAGUUGAUUAUGGUGGCUGGUGCAAUUUUCCAAGGGAACAUUUUGAGAUGUCGAAGCCUGCAUUUGCUGAAAUUGCCAAGAAUAGAGCUGAUAUAGUGCCGGUUCAGUAUAGAAGAGUAAAGUGUGAAAGAAGUGGUGGCAUGAGAUUCACAAUGAGUGGGGGUUCUCACUUCUAUCAGGUGCUGAUUUCCAAUGUUGGUAUGGAUGGUGAAGUGAUUGCUGUGAAAGUGAAGGGGUCUAGAACAGGGUGGAUACCAAUGGCUAGAAACUGGGGACAAAACUGGCAUUGCAAUGUCAACUUUCAAAACCAGCCUCUGUCGUUUGAGGUAACAAUCAGCAGUGGAAAAACACUCACAUCUUACAAUGUAGCACCUGCAAAGUGGAUGUUCGGACAGACAUUUGAAGGAAAACAGUUUCAGAAUGAGUAGAUUCAAGAGUCUAGAUAGGAUAAGUUUUGGGGAGGCUUGAAUUUUUAGCUUUAGAAGAAGCUGUAAUUGUAAACUGUGAUUAGUGAAAUCACCUGUCAAAGACCACAAGCUUAAUUUGUAUAUACAUAUAUGUUUGCUCAUGAUUCAUGAUCAAACACUCGUUCAAGCCUAUGGUGGAAAUGAUAUAAAGGAAAAAAAUUUCCCAAAGGGUAACCUAUGAUUCCUUUGCUAAAGAAUCAGUUGAUCAAAAGUUCAGUAAUUGAGGGAACAAGCAUGUAAUUAGAAAGUGAUGUCAUGUGUAAGUAUUCAGAUGAAAAACUCAUUUUCUUUCCCA